AUGAACUUCGCGUACGCUACUAGCAGCACCAACAGCAUUGACAAUAUAGUUGGAUUGGAUCCGACUGCGGGCGACCUUCUGCGAGCCGUCGGCGGAGGUGGUCUUCAGUACCUCGAGAUUGUGACUAAGUCUGAGGAUGCUCUUUCGCCGAGUCUGAAGGCAGCCGUCGCUGACACCUUGGCCAUCAUUGGCAUGACUAAGAAAUUUAAUUCCAAUAAGAAAGCCUGGGCUGAGUUCUCGGAGAGUCUCAUUGGGCAUGUUGAGGGGGUUGUUCAGUUUAACCGUCAAUAUGGGGAGGAUCACGUUCUGCAUGCUUGGCAAUCAAGUCUUGAGCAUCUCAAUGGGUGGGUGGACCUGGUUUUGACCUAUCUGUUGCUGAUACCGUUUGAAUCCGGGGGACUCACUAGAGUUUUGAACUAUUUGAAAGAAAGAGUUUCAGAUGUUCAACCCACCCAAGGGAGGAGAUUUCCCAGUUUCACAGAGGAUAUGGGAUACAUAGAGGAGCUCAAGGACAAGUUAAACGAAGCCAUGGGCACUUUCAAUGCAUGUCAAGGAAAUAUAUAUAAAAGUAGGAUUGAAACUGAGGAGAUUUGUAUAGGGGCUAAGGCUACAGUGGCAAAACAAUCCAUGCAUCAAGUAAGUGUUCUGGCAGGGGCACAGGAUAUUCAGAUGGACCAUGCUGUGGUUAUUGCUGCAAAUACUGUCACCUACAACAAUGAUGGAAAACUUUCACACAAAAUCAAUGAGAGGAUGGAAGAAUCAAAGAAAAAUGAAUGGUUAAAAGAAUUGAAGGCUCCAUCACAUAAGCAAAGGGAGACAUGCAUGCCUGGAACUUGUGUGAAUGUGCUCAGAGACAUCCAAGCAUGGCUUCAUGAUCUUAGCAUGCCAAAUAUUCUCUGGCUAUCUGGAAGUCCUGGUUCUGGGAAGACAACAAUUGCUUCAACUGUUGUUGCUGACUUUGAAUCUUUCUCUGGGCAAUUCUUCUUUCACCGUGAUCAGGCUGAGUUUUGUGAUCCAGACAAUCUGUGGAGACACCUUGCUUUGGAUCUUGCACUAGGAAACAACACUCUAGGGAAAUCUAUAGCUAAGGCAUUGGAGACACAGAAAGCUAACAUCAGAGGUCUCAAUAUUUCCAAACAGUUUGAGCAUCUGAUUGUCAAACCAGUCCAGGAGGUCUUUCUGAAUAGUGAAGCACCUCUUCUUGUUGUUAUUGAUGCACUUGAUGAAUGUGAACAAUAUCAGAAACUUCUACCAUCAUUAAAAUCUUGGUCUUGGCAGCUUCCAAAAUUUCUCAAACUGCUCAUCACAAGUCGUCGCUAUCUUGAUAUUCAGACUACACUGAAUUCUAUCAGUUACCCUAUUUAUCUUCAUACUGGGGAUAAAGUUUCUGAUCAGACCUCUGAUGACCUUGAGCUUUACUUUACUACCAGAUUCUCUGACAUGACUGAGUCUGGAUUGCAAACGUCACUGCAUCUGAAUUGGCCUGGUCCAGAUAAAAUUUCUUUUCUUGUAAGAAAGGCUGCAGGCCUCUAUAUUUGGGCUAAAUCUGCAAUGGACUUUAUCUUGCACAGAGGUGGUGAUACUGAAGAAAGGUUGAAUGUCAUUUGCUCUGAUUCUGGUGAAGGCAUUGAUGCCAUUGAUACUUUGUACCAGCACAUUGUCUUGGUUGCUUUCCAGGGGUUAAGAGAAGCAGAAAAAGAUAAUUUGUCAUCAGUUUUGGGUGCAAUUGUCAUUGCAAAGAACCCACUUUGUGCAAGUGAUUUUGAACAGCUUUUAGAAGUUCAAGAUACAAUGUCAAUAGUGAGCCAACUUAGCCCAGUGCUGUUAAUCAGUAAUACUGGCCAUUUGCAUAUCUGCCAUCAAUCAUUCACAGAUUUUCUGCUUGACAAAAAGCGGUCUAAGACUUUUUGGGUGGAUUCUCAGAAGCAUAGUCUCUGUUUUGCUGGAUCUUGUUUAAAAUAUAUGAGUGCAAAGCUCAAAUUCAACUUUUUUGAUCUGGAAACAUCACAUAUUCUAAAUAAAGAUAUUCCAAAUCUGAUGGACCAUAUUAAAAAUGUGAAAUCUACUGCUCUAGAUCAUGCAAGCUACUUCUGGGCAAUCUAUCUGCAAAAGUGUCCUGAUGAGGUAUUACAAAAGGAGAUAAUGAUGCAGAUGGAGUAUUUUUUGAUGACUCACCUUUUACAUUGGCUAGAAAUUAUGAGCCUGAUGGGUGCUGUAAAUCAUGCUGCCCACUUACUGCUAUUAACUGAAAAUUGGUGCAAUGUAUUGAAGCCUAGUAUGUCAGAGUUUGCAAGUGAUGCAAACCAAUUUAUAAUGACAUUUUUUGAGCCAAUAUCUGAUGCUGCACCACACAUUUACAUCUCAGCACUGCCAUUUGCACCACAAAAUUCUAAAAUAUCUCUGCAUUUCAUGAAAUAUUUUGUAAAGACUUUGACAAUUGAGAAUGGUCAGAUGAAACAGUGGCCAGAUAGGUGCCUUCUCAGAUUAAAGGGUAGUAAUGGUCCACUUGCAUAUUCACCUGAUGGCAGGCACAUUGUCUCUGGAUCUCAUGGAGGAGAUAUUCAUGUCUGGGAUGCCCUCACAGGCCAUAAUAUCAUGGAUUUUAAAGGCCAUGCUCACUAUGUGAGUUCAGUUGUAUAUUCUCCUGAUGGGAAACACAUAAUCUCAGGAUCUUGGGACAAGACAAUCAAAAUCUGGGAUGCUUUAACAGGCCAGUGUGUUAUGGGUCCUCUUGAAGGCCAUGAUGACUGGAUUAGCUCAGUUGUAUGCUCUCCAGAUAGUGGGCACAUUGUCUCUGGAUCCAGAGAUAUGACAAUCAGAGUAUGGAAUACUUUGACAGGCCAGAGUGUCAUGGAACCUCUAAAAGGCCAUAGUGGUUCGGUUACUUCAGUUGCAUAUUCUCCAUGUGGCAGGCAUAUUAUUUCAGGGUCUCGUGAUUGCACAAUCAGAAUCUGGGAUGCUGCAACAGGUCGGUGUCUGAUGGAUCCACUUACUGGUCAUGAUGAGACAGUUCUGUGUGUUGCAUACUCUCCUGAUGGAAUGAACAUUGUUUCUGGAUCUUUUGAUAAGACAAUCAGAGUCUGGGAUGCUCUAUCUGCUUUUUCUCCUGAUGGCAAGCACAUUCUUUGUGCAACUGGAAACCGCAUAAUCAGACUCUGGAAUGCUCUGACAAGUCAUUGCACAUCAAGUCCUCUUGAAGAUGAUGAGGGCUCAGUUGAUUCAGUGGUGUUUUCACCCAAUGGAAAGCAUAUUCUUUCUGGAGGUGUGGGCCAUACAAUCAAAGUUUGGGAUGCUCUGGCAGGUCACACUGAGAUAGAUCAUGUAAGAGGCCAUAAUGAGGCAAUAAGCUCAGUUGCAUUUUCUCUUAAUUGCAAACAAAUUGUCUCUGGGUCAAAUGAUGCAUCACUCAGAAUUUGGGAUGCUCUGACAGGUCUAAGUGUCUUAGGUCCACUUAGAGGUCAUGUCCGUCAUGUUACAUCAGUUGCAUUUUCUCCUGAUGGCAGAUACAUUGCCUCUGGAUCUCAUGAUUGCACAGUCAGAGUCUGGGAUGCUUUAACAGGUCAGAGUGCCAUGGAACCUCUCAAAGGCCAUGAUAAAGGAGUUAUUUCUGUUGCAUUUUCUCCUGAUGGUAGAUACAUUGCCUCUGGAUCUUCUGAUAUGACAGUCAGAGUCUGGAAUGCACUGACAGGGCAGAGUGUGUUGGAUCCUUUCAUAGGUCACACUCAUUGUGUUCAUUCAGUUUCAUUUUCUCCAGAUGGCAAAUUCAUCAUCUCUGGGUCUGAAGACACAACAAUCAGAGCAUGGGAUGCCCUGACAGGUCAAAGUAUAAUGAAUCCUCUUAUAGGUCAUUGGUGUAGUGUUCAGUCUGUUGCCUUUUCUCCUGAUGGAAGGUACAUUGUGUCUGGAUCUGAUGAUAAAACUGUCAGAGUGUGGGAUUUUUGCACAGGACAGAGUGUCAUGGAUUCUCUAAAAGGCCAUAGUCAUUGGGUUCAUUCAGUUGCAUUCUCUUCUGAUGGGAAGUACAUUGUUUCUGGUUCUCAUGAUAAAACAAUUAGACUCUGGGAUGCUGUAACAGGUCACAGUUUGGGAGAUCCAUUCAAAGGCCAUUAUGCAGCUGUUCUAUCAGUUGUCUUUUCACCUGAUGGUAGGCAUAUCGCUUCUGGAUCUUCAGACAAAACCAUCAGACUCUGGGAUGCUCAUGGAGGCUGCAUGGACUUAAAUCCCUCAGCUCCUUCAGUUACAUUGCCAUCCACAUUCUUGCCAUCUGGAGUUAUAAAUGUUAAUGACACUGAUACCCAUGACAGUGUAUCUCACAUUUUCAAGAGUAAACCUGUUGUUUUUUAUCCCUCUCAGGGACAUAAAUAUAAUAAUUGGAUCAUUGGAGAAGAUUCCAAAUCAUAUCUCUUCUGGGUGCCAACAAGCAAUAAACAUGGCUUAUUUUUUCCAAGAACAGUCAAUGUACUGGGCACCACUCCAACUAUACUUGAUUUUAGUAACUUUGUCCAUGGUACAAAUUGGAGUCAAUGUUUUUCACCAGCCUUAUAG